AUGGUUCCUCCAGCCUCUGCCUUGGAUCCCACCGGCUAUAUGCCAAUCGAGACAGUCGCAGAUGCCCGGGCAGUUGUCACUCAAUGUAUAAAUGGACUUCUAAAGCUGGUUCAUCGCGGUCCAGAUGAUCGAGAAGCUGCUCAAUUCUUAAGGCAGAACGCAACCUUUGUCGUUGAAGUUCUGGACCAAGUGUCCGGCCCACCUGCGCGGUCUGAGGCAUCCGAGCCUACAUUUUGCAUCACAGAUAUUCCGAGUGACACUCGAGUCGGCCUCAGACGGAAAUCUAUAACAAUCGUGGUUAACGGCCGAAGAUAUUGUGUAAUUGUGAUCUGCAGUUCGCAGAACCUUACGAAUCCCGAUCUGCAGCCUAGACACGACAACCAAUACGGGCGUCCUGAUUCGCCGUUGUCUUGGCCCUCAGAGUUGAUUCUUCCCGAAUUCUCUACGUCACUUGAAACAUGCAAAACGAACUUAGAGGCAUCUCUGGUAGAGAUGUGGCGAGACUGCAAGGACAACAAAGUGUUUGGCACUAGUAUCAUUUAUCGUCUUUCGCUACUUCGAGAGGUUCGAAUUCCCCAGUCUUGUGAGACAAAUGUUCGUAGAACUGGGCUCUUUACUACACAGAAAGAACUCAUCGAGGAAGGUGGAGGAGAAGCGCUUUUACGAGGUCUGAGUUACCGCGGUCGUCAAGUUUAG